UGUACCACAGCUCUUGAAAGCAGCAUGACACAACAGCAAAGAUGGCGUGCUGCAGAAGCUGUUUUUGUUGCCAGUGUUGCUGCAGGGAGGGAGAGACGCGGACGCCGGAGGAGCUGACAAUUCUUGGGGAAAUCCGAGAUGAGGAAGAUGAGAUUCUGCCGAGGAAAGAUUACGAGAGUCUGGAUUAUGAUCGCUGCAUCAACGAGCCGUAUGUGGAGGUUCUGGAGGGUCUGGACAACAAGAAAGCCAGAAAGUACGAGGCGUUGCGGUGGGUGAUGGUGUUCGUGAUCGGGGUCACGGUCGGACUGGUUGGACUGUUUGUGGACUUCUUUGUUCAUCUCUUCACUAAAAUCAAAUUCUCCGUGGUCGCUGAUUCUAUAGAGAAAUGCACAGACAGAGGCUGCCUGUCUUUGUCUCUGCUGGAGCUGCUCACCUUCAACAUGGUGUUCAUCUUCAUCGCCAGCGUGCUCGUCCUCAUCGAGCCGGUGGCUGCAGGCUCCGGUAUCCCAGAGAUCAAAAGUUACCUGAAUGGAGUGAAGAUACCAGGAAUCGUGCGACUUCGAACGUUUCUCUGCAAAGCUGCUGGAGUCCUGUUCAGCGUGGCUGGAGGUCUGUUUGUGGGAAAGGAAGGUCCGAUGAUCCACAGUGGAGCCAUAGUGGGAGCCGGCCUUCCUCAGUUUCAGAGCAUCACCUUCAAGAGGAUCAAGUUUGACUUUCCUUAUUUCCGCAGUGACAGAGACAAGCGGGACUUUGUGUCAGCCGGUGCCGCCGCUGGAGUUGCUGCUGCCUUCGGUGCGCCAAUAGGGGGCACUCUCUUCAGCCUGGAGGAAGGCUCCUCCUUCUGGAACCAGGCGCUCACCUGGAAAGUGCUCUUCUGUUCGAUGUCGGCCACUUUCACGCUGAACUUCUUCCGCUCUGGGAUCAACUUUAAUAAAUGGGGCUCUUUCCAGCUGCCUGGGCUCCUCAACUUUGGAGAAUUCAAGUGUUCAGACGGGGAAAAGAAAUGCCACCUGUGGACAGCAGUGGACCUUGGCUUCUUCGUCCUGAUGGGCGUGGUGGGCGGCCUGCUGGGGGCGCUCUUCAACUGCAUGAACAAGUGCCUGGCCAAGUAUCGAAUGAGGCACAUUCACCCCAAAGCCAGGUUCAUCAGGGUCCUGGAGAGUCUGCUGGUUGCCAUGGUGACCACGCUGGUGAUAUUUUUGGCCUCGGUUCUGUUGGGUGAAUGUCGGGACCUGUCCUCCCCGACGACCCAUAACCCCACAGUUUCUGGCAGUGAAGACAUCAACUCAACCAUCAGGCAGUUUUUCUGCUCCAAUAAAACCUACAACGACAUGGCGACGUUGUUCUUCAACCCGCAGGAGGCGGCCAUCCACCAGCUCUUCCACCAGGAUGGAACCUUCAGCCCGGUGACUCUGUCCAUCUUCUUCCUGUUGUACUUCCUGUUGGCGUGCUGGACGUACGGCGUCUCUGUCCCCAGCGGUCUCUUCGUCCCGUCUCUCCUGUGUGGCGCUGCGUUCGGUCGUCUGGUCGCAAACAUCCUGAAAGUGAAACUGGGACUCCACAUCUACUCGGGGACCUUUGCCCUCAUCGGAGCCGCUGCCUUCCUUGGGGGCGUGGUCAGGAUGACCAUCAGUCUCACCGUCAUCCUCAUCGAGUCCACCAAUGAGAUCACAUACGGGCUGCCCAUCAUGAUCACUCUAAUGGUUGCUAAAUGGACUGGAGAUUUCUUCAACAAGGGCAUCUAUGACGUCCACAUCCAGCUGAAAGGCGUCCCUCUGCUGGAGUGGGAGACGGAGGUGGAGAUGGAUAAACUGACAGCCAGCGACAUCAUGGAGCCCAACCUGACCUACGUUUAUCCCCACACUCGAGUCCAGUCCCUGGUCAGCAUCCUCCGGACCACCGUCUACCACGCCUUUCCCGUGGUCACGGAAAACCGACAGAACGAGCGGGAUUUCAUGAAGGGCAACAUCCUGAUCAGCAACAACAUUCGAUUCAAGAAAUCCAACAUUGUCUCUCGUGCGGCGGAGCAGCGGCGGCGCUGCCAGUCCAUGAAGUCGUACCCGUCCAGCGAGCUGAAGAACGUUUGUGACGAUCAGAACGCGGCGGCGGCGCCGGCGGAGGAGGGAGAGGACCUGCUGCAGCAGAUGUUGGAGAGAAGGCACGCUCCCUACCCAAACCUGUACCCAGACCAGUCUCCCAGUGAGGAGUGGACCAUGGAGGAGCGAUUCAGACCGCUCACCUUCCACGGCCUCAUCCUGCGCUCCCAGCUCGUCAACCUGCUCAUCCGAGGCGUCUGCUACUCCGAGAACCAGUCGAGCGCCACUCAGCCCAGGCUGUCGUUCACAGAAAUGACCGAAGAUUACCCGCGGUACCCGGACAUCCACGAAGUGGACCUGGCCCUGCUCAAUCCCCGGAUGAUAGUGGAUGUGACGCCCUACAUGAACACAUGCCCCUACACGGUUUCACCAAACACCCGGAUCUCCCAGGUGUUCAACCUGUUCAGAACCAUGGGCCUUCGACACCUUCCAGUGGUCAACGCUGUUGGAGAAAUUGUUGGAAUAAUCACAAGACAUAAUUUAACCCACGAGUUCCUGGUGGCCAAACUGCGACAGCAUUACAUCACCAUCUGACCCGACGCCGUGGCGCCGCCCCGCCCCGCGCUGCCUGGCCUCCAAGCCUUGGCUUUGGUUCGUCUCUAACUUUAUUAAAGCAUUCCCAAAACCAACAAGAUGCAUCUGAGAGCCGCAGAGAAGAAGCUUUCAGACUGCAGGAGGGAGAUCUUCUUCUUUAGGUCCACGCAGUCGGAGCCUUCACAGACUCCAGUUUAGAGAUUUUCUCUUAUGUUUCUUUAUUUUUUGCGUUGAUCACAGAAAACAAACUUUAUUUUCUUAACGGAGACCAUCUGAGACAGCAGUGAACUGUCUCUAUAGGAACGUGGUGAGCUUGUGUGUAGGCAUGGAGGAGAUUUUAGAAAAGCAUAAAAUAAUUGGUCAAAACAUCCACAACAUUCCUUAAAGGGGAUCCACAACUAGUUGAACAUGUUGGCCUAAAUAGGUUUUAAUUUUCCUAUCAACCUGAAAGUUGUUGCUUUGUGAUGUAAAAGUCAAAAUUAUUUUAGAAAACAUAUAUAAUUUUUUUCACUUAUGAAGGUUGCCAGUUUUAUUCUAUUUAUUAGUUUUUUAAAGAUAUAGAUGACUAGAGUCUAAAAACUAAACACAAGAAGUGAUGAUGAGCCCACCAGGUUUUCAUCUGCCAUGAGAUUUGUUGGAUCAAGCUAACGUCAUCGGCUUUUGAUCUACUCUUUACACAGUUAGCAGGAGCUAACACCUUUAGCAGGAGCUAAAGCCAAAACAAAACAAAUUGAACAAAACGAAUGGUGGUUUAAAGUGAUGAUGAAGCAUCUGUAAGUCUUUGCAGACGUCCAUCCAGACGUAUUUGAGAAAAGGUUUCCACCCCAGUUCUAGUCGUAAACAGUUUGGAUUAUUAUCAGGACGUCUUUGCAGUGUUCACUCUCCAGUUGGUGUUUCCAAGCAGCAGCAGCACAAACACCAGAUUUUUCAGCCGACUCUUUCCUCUUCCUCAGUUUGGUCCUCAUUUUCAUUUCCUGUCAUCAUUUCUGUCUUAGCUUCUCUUUCAAUGAGCUCCAGUUCAAGUUAAAAGGGCUGAACACAAAAAUCAAUGUUCUGACUGGAAGGAGCUAAUGCUACAUCACAUAGCAUUCUUCAUUUACCCAGGAUGCAUUGCAGCACAAACAACAUGGCAAGUCUUUCAUUUAAAUUUAGAAGAACUAAACCUACCGUAGUUUAGCUGGUUGCUUUUUCUUCUAAAAUAGAUAUUGAAACUAAUCGUGGUUCCCUCUAAAACCCUGAAGACAACCAAUCAGGAAGGAGGCUGAAGUUUAUUUUAUUAAUCAUGAUGUUCCUCUGUGUCUGUGAGAUGUUUUUAAAAUAUGUCAGAGCCUAACUGUUUUAUCCAGAAGCAGAAGUGUAUUCUCUGUUUUAUGCCGUGUCCAGUAAGUAGAACCGUCCGGUUCCCUCCGGUUCAUCUGAUGGAGCUGGAGCUCCAGCAGAACCUUCCCCCAUUCAGGAGGAAUGAAAAAAAAGAAUACAAAUGUAGAAAUAUUCGCUUUGGAUGUAGAUGGGCAACAUGCGGUCAUUUUUAGUGGAUAUACCAUAUUUUAUUUUCCGCUCUAUAAGUCACACUAGUUUUCAUAAAGCUUGGCUGGUUCUGUAUUUUAUUGUCAGUAUUAACUUAUAGAUGUUAUAUUUUUUUGACUGAUCCAUUAAAUAUGAGCUCAUACUGACGGAUACGAUCCAAGGAUCAAACAUUACCGUCUGCAGCCGUGAGGAAAGAAGAGACUUUGCUGAAAGGAAGGUGGCCAGAGCUGGAGGAACAGUUUGAACAAACAGAAUGUGCUGCUGCUGUUCUGAGGAUCUCUGCUUCCUCCUCAGAUUUCCCAACCGCAGAGCGUCUAGACAGCCAUGUCUGUCGGUCGAAACUGCUGGAGCGUUGCAGUCCUUCUCCAAGGACUCUCAAGGCUUCAUACAACGCAGCCGCCUCUCUCUGUUCCCUGUCUACUGCAUGCGUCUCCGCUCCGCCCCGCUGCGCACUUCGCUGUCGGAGCGAAACCGUUCCAGACCGUCCAGAUUUAGAGCCCAGAUAGAAAACGCCAAACCAAAGCCGACAGUUACUGUGAGUUUGUUAAACAGCAUCUGAACACAACGAGUCACCAGAUCAAAUCAUUAAUAUGAACAAAGACCCUCUCAUGUUUAACAAUUUCUAAAUAAAUGGGACUUAUACUCCAGUGUGUCUUAUAAUCCGGAAAAUAUAUGGUUAUAUACAGACAGCCCAAACAUUCAUUUGUAAGCCUGGACUGAGUCACUCAUACCUGCAUUAGUUUAUCAAUCUGAAUGCUAAGCUAAAGCAGCACCACUGAUCUGAGGAGACGCCCUCAGAUCGGAUGUUUCUCUGCUGCUGGAGGAUUUAAAAUGAUUCAACGGUUGAAUGAAACAACAUUUAAACAAUAAGAUUAGUUUUGGUACAAAUAACCUGGGAUUAUCUGGGUGAGUUUUCUCUGCUGUUUGCUUUGACUGCUCAGUUCAUCGUUAUCUGGAAUUCAUCAUGACAACAAGAUCUAAUUUAUUUAGUUUUGAACCACAUUAGCAGCAUGAUUGGGUGUUUCCAUUUCUAAUUUCAUUAUUUAAGAUUUCUGAUUAAUUUCAUAACUGCUUACCUUUUUAAAGCAGCUGCUGUGUUCAUGUCCCUUUAUGAUGGUAAACAAGCAUUAAUGUUAGUAUUUAGGUUUGAGGCUCUUGCUGUGUGCAGUGAUGCCAAAGAGACUGAAUAUUUUUACUUUAUAUCAUCACUUUCAUCAUUUAUUGCCAUAAAUAACAAAUUAUACUGAGCACAUCUUCGGUCCGGGUUCCCCAUCCCACUUCUGUUUCUGGAGCCGUUUGAACCCGAUGGACCAAUUUAAAUUGUGAUGCCACCAAAUAUGGAUCAGUUCAAAUCUUUUCUGUCCUUCUGUAAUAUUUUCUGUUGAGGUACACAAUUAGACUGAAUGUGAAAUGAUUGAUAAUUACCACCCAGAUAAGCUGAAUAAUGAAGGUGAUCUAAGUUGGUUUGCUCAGGAUGCCGUUCAAACUGACGUGUUUAUUUGCAUGAAGUCUAAUCGUUCUGAUGUGAUCAGUCUGGUUGUCCCCUGAAUCAGCCAGCAUGCUGAUGCCAGGCCUCUGGUAGAAGUUAGAAGUGUUGUUUUAUCUGAUGGAUUUAUUUACAAGUUCAUUAAAAUAACAGGAAGCCAUAAAAAUAAUAAAUAAAAGUAGGAGCUUCUUUGUUUUGAACAGCAAUCAUAGUACCUGCCAAAAGCAGAUACUUGGUUUAUCAGAUCAAACUGGCAAUAGAUCUGUAAUUUUCCACAAAGUGUGAAAAUAUAAAGUGUGACAGAUUUUGGAGUAAAGCCUGUUUGUAUGGUGGCUUCCUGUCAGAUCUGGUCCAGCAGGCCGGUGAGCGCCGCACCGACCAACAGGUUCAUUCCUUUUUCAUUUAAUGUUAUUUUGAAUUAUCGUCGUCACUGUUGCACUUUUCUUCUGUUGUCUUUAUGUUUUCAUUUACUGUGACUGGAAAACAUGCACUAGAAGCAGACUGUACGGGUCUGUCAGGUUCUGCAGUAACUGGACCUCAGGAACCGCUGAGUUUUCCAACAUGUUGAUCGGUUCUGAGCUGCAGGUUCUGUAACGUUACUAACCGCUUCAGCUUCCUGCCAGUCGGUGGGCAUUGUUUUGCAUGUUUUGCACUAAUUUAAUGUCUAAUUGCUUUUAUUCUCACUAAGGUCAGUGUUAGAGGAGCAGAGAGAACCACGUGUUUGACUCUCAGGAGGUGAAAACCAAGAUUUCAUUCUGUUUUAGGGAAGUUUUCAAAGUUCUGGGGCCUCGUGCAUAAAGCGUGCGUGCGCCAUAUUUUACGCAGACGUCGGCGUGUAUAAAAACUUACUUUGCGUCAAAGUUUACGUAAAUAUACGCGCACUUUUUCGCUGGCGUGAAAAUGUGCGGACUUUUUCUGUGGACAAAUUCAAACUACAAACAGUCAAAACUCACAUAAAUCCACUGAAAUCUGACAACAUUCAGUUAUUUAGACCAAGAAGCAUCAAACCCGAUGAUUUUCAUGAUUUUAAUAUUUUAUUGUUUAAAUGUAAACGAUGAAACUGAACCGCAUUUAUCCUCAGACAAUAAGUUAACACGCAGACAAAAUAAAGAAAAUGAAAAUUAAAGGAUGUGAAAACCUCACUAGAAUGUAAAUAAUACUUUUUCUCUGUUUUUGUCUCAUAAAGAUGAAACGCAUCGGUCCGAGCGCCGAAGCGCAAAAUGGGGUCAUUUCAUUCUGACUAAAAGAAGCAAACAGGGUUGGAUCAGCAGAUUAACUCCAACCUGCUGAUUAAAAAUAAUCAACAGGUUUGAUUAUUUUUAAGGUGAUCAGGGUGUGAAUACGUCACACGUAAAGGUGAGCCGCUACCUGAGGAGCUUUGGCUCUGAUGGAGAAAACCACCAAGGGGAGGAUGAUCAGAUCGAUCAGAUCGAUCAGCUAGGAAAUGAUGAUGGUUUAUGAGCGUUCAGAUUAAUCCAGACUGAUCAUCCUGGAGCUUGCGGUACCGGUACCGGUCCAGCUGCAGUCGCCCGCUUUGUGAAUGCGCCUUCUGGACGUGAAGCAUCUGGUAUUUAGAUUAAACGUCCACAUUCCCACUCAAAGACUCUGACUGUCUGAACGCGCUGCUGUUCUAACUGGCAUUUGCAGUUUUUUUUUAUUUGGAUUUUUUUUUCUUUAAAAUGUAUUUUUAUUUUUGUGAGGUGACAUUAUGUCCUCAAAGCAUAAUUUAAAUAAAAUAUAUAAUUAUUAUUAUUAUAAAUACUUAUACUGCUUCGAACAAGGACGUUGCCAUGGUUACUGCUUGACGUGGCGGCAGACUUCCGGGUAUUUAUACUAAUUUACAUUCAGAUGUAUUUAUGGAGGCGACAGGCGGAGCAGCAGCUGAUCUGCUUCCGGCAAAUUAGGAUUUAUAAAGGAAAGGUGCGCGGCCACGUGCGCGCGCACGGCUUUAUGCAUCCGGGGUUUUUUUUGUGCGCCGCACUUUUCAAAAUGUUUCCGUACCAAGUUUCAGUGUGAAAACUGCGCCUCUUAUGCAUGAGGCCCCUGGUGUCCAUGGUGGAUCUGUAAGAACCAGCUGAAACUGAGUAGAGUUUUUAUUUUUUAUUAAGUCAGUUUAGUGGAUUGUUUGUGACGUAAAGGCACAUAUCUGUAUAUGAACUCAAAUGUUGGUCUUUGAAGUUUUAUUAUAGGAUAUUUUAUAAUCUAAAUUUAUUUUGUGUUUUGUUGCCUGAGCUUGUAGAAAUCCUGCAGUUUGAUAUUAUUUUGGGGCAUAUUUAUGAUCUGGGACCUGCAAAGGAAGUUAUUUUACAUUUUGUCAAAUAUUUCAGCUAUUUUCCUGCAUAUUUGCAGUUUGUUUUCUGCAUAACUGUCAGAAAAAAUGAAGAUACAAACUCGUCUCUCUGGACCUGGAGGGAAAGUCUGUUCUGUGCCUUCAUUGUUAUCAAAUAAAGUUCCUUUUCGUUCACCACA